AUGUCACAAACGAGGAUGAUAUUUCGUCUGAUCUCUCAGCUACCUUUGCAGCAGGUGGGACAGUCAGUAAGGAUGAUGAGUUCUUCUUCUUCGACAAAGCAACUGGCAGGAAAAGUAGCCAUAAUUACGGCCUCCACAGAUGGAAUUGGGUACUCCAUAGCAGAGAGACUUGGACAAGAUGGAGCUAAAGUGAUGAUCAGCAGCAGAAAACAGAAGAACGUAGACAGCAGCCUUCAGAAACUGAAAUCCCUCGGGAUCGAGGCCUCAGGAUUGGUGUGUCAUGUAGCAAAGCGAGAGGACAGAGCAAAAAUGAUACAGAAGACAUUGGAUGAUUUUGGAGGUAUUGACAUAUUUGUUUCCAAUGCUGCUGCAAAUCCACAUUUUGGUCCACUACUGUCAUGCUCUGAAGAAGCCUGGGAUAAGAUUUUUGAAACUAAUGUAAAGGCUACGUUUCUGUUAUGUAAGGAAAUAAUACCUCAUAUGGAAAAGCGUGGAGGGGGAUCCAUUGUGAUUGUUAGUUCUAUAGGAGGAUAUCAACCAUCACCCGUUAUUGGUGCUUAUUCAGUCAGCAAGACAGCCUUACUUGGACUGACAAAGGCAUUGGUUCAUGAGUGUUCAACGAGGAAUAUUAGGGUCAAUGGAAUCGCCCCUGGUGUUAUCAAAACCAGAUUCAGUGAACAGUUGUGGAAGGAUGAGGAAAGCCCUGUCAGUCAAAUGGCCAAAAAUAUGACACCAAUGAAAAGAUUUGGAGAGCCAAAAGAGUGUGCUGGGACGGUGUCUUUUCUGGUAUCAGAUGAUGCUUCCUACAUUACCGGAGAAACCAUUCUAGUAACGGGGGGUGUGGAUGCUAGGCUCUAGUGGGUGUAUCUACCACAUCAUGUGACCAAUCAGAGAGAGAGGCUAUGAUUUUGGGUGUGGAUGCUGGACUGUAGUGGGCGUGUCUACCACAUCAUGUGACCAAUCAGAGAGAGAGAGAGGCUAUGUGUAUGCCUUUAUAAGACAUUUUAUGCUAUAAUCUGUGAUAUCAAUGCAUUAUUUGUAAUCAUCUCAUACUGAGUGGAUG